GAAUCAUUCAGAAUCUCAGUCUUUCCUCAGUCUGAAAUCUGUCUCAGUUGAUCGACAGUUGCAGUUCGCGCCGCCCCGAAAGAUGAAGUCCCUCGCAGUGAUUUUUCUAUUUCUUCAAGCAUGUUUGUCAUUUCCCUUCAGCGCUGACAAAUCGUUGGAGUACUCAUGUGAAAAACUUCAUGGAAGUUGUGUUUUACACAAUGUGUUAUUUGACAAUGAGUCCGAUCUAGAACAAGUUGUCUUCCAGGACGUUAGCGAUCCUCUCACGAUUGCAUCGGGUAAAAUACCCCAUUUCACUAGAAAACUGUCCGAAAAGCUACCCGGCGUAGUGGAUCUAGUAAUCAAUGGCUUGGAGGUGCAAACCUUGUACGUCAAACCGGAAAUGAUCCACCUGGAGGCCGUCAAAAAUCAGAUCAAAAUGCUGGAGGUAGAUGACGACCCGGAUAAAACCUAUCAAAUGAUUACGCUAGACCUUUCCAGUAACAAGCUUCGUGACGUACAAGUUCUGUCCAGAUUCAAGAAGCUUCGUCAGCUGACGCUGGAUGGAAACCAACUCGAACAUUUGUCCAUGGAUCUGUUUCAAGGAAUGUCCGAACUGCGUAAAAUCUCGCUGGAAAAUAACCUCAUGCACACGUUCGACACAAGUAGGAAACUACAACUGAUCAAAUUGCAAUCCGUGUCACUAGCUGGGAACCGGUUGAUCGAGUUGGACGUCGUACUGUGGGAUCUGCCAUCAUUGAAGCAGCUGGAUGUGUCAAAAAAUAAUUUGUAUACUUUUAGCGGCAGCCUGAAUCAAUUCACCGCCCUAGUGGAUGCUAAACUGUCCUCGAACUACUGGGAUUGCGAUUUUCUGGAAACUCUAAAUCCAACAGAGAAACUCAAAUUAGACGAAGAUGAGCCUGGCCGUUGCAGAGAGCAGAAUUUGACUACUAUAAAGAACCUUUGUUGCACUAGUGAUCCGUCCGGUUUCCUCACUACUGACUUGAAAAAUGAUUACGGUAUUUACAACGAUAAGUGGGAGGAACUUAGGGCACUGAAGAAAUCCUUGCACGACUUCAAACAAGGAACGGAGCAAAAGUUGCAGCAAAUAGGAACUCUUCCGGAGGAUCGGUCACUGAUCGAGCGCAUUGAGGACAUGGAGUCGAAGCAGAAGCAACUACUGGAAAAGCUCAACGGUCGACAAGAAUCCGUUGCAGUGAAGGAGGUUCAAGAGCUACGUUCCAUCAUCACCGAUCACAAGAAUACCAUAUACAGCCUUGAGUCUAAACUGUCCAAUUUGGAGUCACAGCUGGAAGAAUUCGGCGAGCGACUGAAUGGUUUCGAUAAUGAAGAUAAGUUCGAAAAGUUCAAAGAAAUCCCAGAAAAGCUACGAAAUUUGGAGAAACAGCAAAGCGAUCAAGCCGCCCUGCUGAACGCAACGGCCGUUGAACUCCAGAACAAUAUUACCGAUCUGGGAAAACAGCAGUUCCGGUAUCAUUUGUCCACCGUCGAUUUGAAGAGCAAACUUGGGUUGGCGCAGGGUCGAUUUUCCGAGGUGAAUGUCCGGCUUGACAAGCUUGUGUCGCAAAACGGGAAACUUCGAAAAGAUGUUGACGAUACCAGCAUGAGAGUCAACGCCAUGUGGAACAUGUUGAAUGAGAUUGCCGAAGGCAAAGAAUACUAGUUUGAAAACGC